AUGCGAGGUAGAGUGAAUCUUGUGUACAAUUCUAAUGAAGAUGCAAGGAGGGCAACAUACUUGAGAAGGAAAAAGGGCCUACUAAAAAAGCUUAAAGAACUCACCAUCCUUUCUGGUGGGAUUGAUGCAUGUGCUCUGAUUUAUAGUGAGUUUGAUGACCAACCAGAGAAAUGGCCAUCAUCCCCAUCAGAGCUUCAAAGAAUAAUCACAAAGUUCAGGAGUUAUCCGGAAUUGGAGCAGGGUAAGAAGAUGUUAAACCAGGAGAGCUUGUUGGAUGAAUUGAUUCUGAAGGCCAAUGAGAAAUUAGCAAAAAGGGAGAGGAAGAACAGGGAGAUACAGAUGUCCUUGCGCAUGUUUGAACUAUUGACCAAUGAAAAUAUCAUUCAAACUAUGAGCAAGUAUGACUUGAAUCAAUUGGCUUGGACAAUUGAUGAGAAGUUAAAGCAAGUAGAUCAGAGGAUCGUUGACCUAAACAAUAAUGCUUCAACUUCUCAGAGCCACGCUCAAACGACAGAUGGAGCAAUUAGGCAAGGAGAGGCACAAGCUCAAGUGGUAGAUCCAACAUUGGUGGCUGCAAAUGGAGCAAUUAUGCAGGGGGAGGCACAAGCUCAAGUGGCAGAUCCAACAUUAGUGGAGAAUGGAGCAAUUAUGCAAGGAGAGGCACAAGCUCAAGUGGCAGAUGGAGCAAGUAUGCAAGCAGAGGCACAUGUAAAUCAUGGCCAAAGUGAUGAAAUGAACAAGAAAGCCACACAAGAUUUUUCGUCUUUUCUUAAGCAUAUCAAUGGUGGAGACAAUGAUUCUUCAGCUUAG